AUGACGACAGACGACGGCCGAAUCGAAGUAGAUCUCGACUCGCGAGCAUGUCGAGCCGCGCUGAAAUUCAUCCAAUGGCCUAGCGACGAGGACUCAUCGCUUCCUCCGCCCGAGUACACGGCGUCCACGGCGCCGGGGAUCCGACUCAACAUCGUCAUACAGGUCGUCGGCAGUCGCGGGGACGUGCAGCCGUUUAUUGCGCUGGGGAACGAGCUGCAGCGCUACGGACACCGGGUUCGACUCGCGACGCACGAUGUCUUUGACUCGUUUGUGCGCGGGUCCGGGCUCGAGUUCUACCCUAUCGGCGGCGACCCGGCGGAGCUGAUGGCGUAUAUGGUGAAGAAUCCGGGCCUGAUUCCGAAGAUGAAGAGUUUGAAGGCGGGCGAUAUUCAGAAGAAGAGGGCCAUGGUGGCGGAGAUGCUGGAUGGGUGCUGGAGGUCUUGCGUCGAGGAUGAUUUGGUCUCGGGGACGCCGUUCGUCGCGGAUGCGAUCAUUGCGAAUCCUCCUAGUUUCGCGCAUGUGCAUUGUGCCCAGGCGCUUGGGGUGCCGCUGCAUUUGAUGUUUACGAUGCCGUGGAGUCCGACGACGGCGUAUCCGCAUCCGUUGGCGAAUUUGAAGUACUCCGGGAAUAAUAUGAAGUUUGCGAAUUCGGUAUCGUAUGGGAUUGUGGAGUGGAUGACGUGGCAGGGGCUUGGAGAUGUGAUCAAUGAGUGGAGAGCUACGAUGGACUUGGAACCGGUCCCCAAUGGAGAAGGGCCGAAUCUGGCGCAGACGUUGAAAGUGCCGUUCACUUACUGUUGGUCGCCGGCGCUGCUGCCGAAGCCGGAGGAUUGGCCGUCGUAUAUUGAUGUCUGUGGCUUUUUCUUCCGCGAUCCACCGAAUUAUACGCCCCCGCCUGAUCUCGAUGCGUUCCUGAGACAAGGACCUCCGCCAGUGUAUAUCGGGUUUGGAAGUAUUGUGAUCGACGACCCCCCGCGAAUGACUGAAAUACUGGAGCAAACCGUCAGACAUCUGGGAAUACGCGCGAUCAUAUCUCGUGGGUGGAGCAAGCUUGGGGGCUCUUCGUCACGCGAUAUUUUCUACCUCGGAGACUGUCCGCACGAAUGGCUGUUCCAACACGUUUCAGCCGUUGUGCACCACGGUGGCGCAGGAACAACGGCCUGCGGGCUGCGAUUCGGCAAACCGACCGUGAUUAUCCCGUUUUUCGGCGAUCAACCUUUCUGGGGAAAUAUGAUUGCUGCAUCAGGUGCUGGUCCACCACCUAUCCAUCACCGUUCGUUGAGCGUGGAAGGUCUUGCCAGUGCCAUUCAGUACUGCUUUGAGUCGCGUGCGCAGAAAGCUGCAGAGCAUAUUUGCAUCAAAAUGCAGGCCGAGUCUGGUGUGCAGCGGGCGGUGGAGUCGUUCCAUCGCAAUCUCCCUGUAGACACAAUGCGCUGUCAGAUCCUGCCCGACCAGCCGGCUGUCUGGGCGUAUAAGAAGUCCUCGAUGAAGCCGAUUUGUUUAUCAAAAGCAGCCACGCAGCUUUUGAUGGACCAUCUCAAGAUCGAGCAGAAGAACCUACAAGUGUUUGAAGCAAGACCGAUCUUUAUCCAGAACCGAAGACUCGACCCGCUCAGUAGCACCACGUCCGCAGCGAUAGGAACCGGCACCAACAUGCUCAAAGCCACCACCGAUAUGUUCCUGAAGCCAUACCAGGAAGCCACUCGACCCAGCUCCUCGCGAUCCACCAGUGCACCCAUCACACCUACGCGAUCACGAUCGAUGCAGGACUCAUCCGGAGGAGAACCGAUAUCCGCGACGCCAGCGCUCGAGAACAGCGACGAGAAAACCAACUGGCACCGAGGCGGAGCAGCAGUUGCCGCAGGAGCUAAAGGAUUCGGCAAAUUCAUCAGCAGCUACUCGAAAGGCGUCAUAGUUGACAUUCCGCUCGCCGCAACAGAAGGCCUGCGCGCAGUCCCACGAUUAUACGGAGAGGAGGUGGAGGACUACCAAGUCCGGGACUGGAAAUCCGGUGCCAUGGCCGGUGGAAAGAACUUUGCACAUAACAUGCGGGAGGGGUUCACGGGGAUAUGGAACCAGCCGCGAAAAGGCGCGGACGAAGGAGCCCUCGGCGUGGCGAAGGGUAUUAUGAAGGGGACGAUCGGGUUUACGACGAUGGUGCCGUCUGCGGCACUUGGUCUGGUGGCUUAUCCGGCGCAGGGAAUCUGCAAGAGUCUUCACACGGCGGUUCGAUCGAAGACUAGGAAGCAGAUCGCAAAGUCUCGACAUCGGGAAGGUUUGUAUAUGAUGCGGAACAUGGGGGCGAGUCUGGACCGCAGGUCGGUGAUGCAGACAUUCGAUUCUCUGAAGCGAGAAGCCCAGAGAUGAUUCCUGAUGGGACUUGGACGAACGGUCAAAUGAAACGUGAAGAACGAUUACAGGAUAAUAAGCGAGUUUAGCCAAGUCGACAUGGAUAUAGGGUUAUAUUUC